AGUAGGCAGAAAGCAGUCAAGCAACAGCCGACACGGGACUCAUUUAGAACAAAACAAAAACAAACCAAAACAAAACAAAAAAAACAGUUAUAUAAUUUCGAAAUCAAGCAAAAACCAUGAGCCAGAAACAGUCGAAGCCUCUGAAGGUUAGCAAAAUUUCGGUAUUACGGAAAAUGAUAGGUUUGGAUAAAAAGAAGCCAGCAAAAGACUACGUUGUGCCCAACAAUUCGGUUCAGAACAUGCAGAAGCCGGGCUUCUACGAUCCCACAAUAAACGCCACGGACACCCAGCUGAGCGGCGCCAUGUCCCACAAGUGCCCCUACUGCGAGAACCUGGCCAAGAACUUUCUCUACCUGGAGAGCCUCAUCCGCAACAACACGGAGUCCACACACAAGUGCAGCGUGUGCAAUGCCUCGCUCAAGUAUCUGGAGCACGUCAAUCGCAAUGUGCGGCAGGUGUUCGGCAACUUUGAGUCGGUUGCGAAGGCGGAUCGCGCCCUGAACGCCACGCCCCCAAUGCUGCCCAAGUACUCGGUGACGCCCAUAGCACAGCGGGCCACUGGCGGUGCCGUGCUCGCAGCGCCGAAGACGCUCAAGAGAUCAAAGUCGAAGAGUAAGCCCGUUAAGGGGCAGAAAUCGUCCAAGUCGUUGAAGUCCCUCAAGUCGAUGAAGUCGCUGAAGACAAUCAAGUCUGGGAAGCUGAACAAGGCGCUCAAAUCAGCCAAGUCCGGCAGGAACCUGGGCAAGAGCAAGCACCAGCUGAAGACUGGCCCCGGGAUCGCCACUGGACGCGGCAAGAUGGUGCUCAAGCGGAAGUACCGAAAGACUGCGAUCAAGCCGCCCGGCGGCAAGAUGUCGAGCGGCGUCAGUCAGUAUCGCGGUCUGGCCGCCGGUCGCUCCAAGAUGGCUGCCAGCCGCUCCAAGAUGGCUGCCAGUCGCUCCAAGCUGGUCGCCAGUCGCUCCAAGAUGGCUGCCAGUCGCUCCAAGAUGGCUGCCAGUCACUCCAAGCUGGGCGCCGCCAAGCAAAGGAAGCAGUCCAAGAAGCGAUCGGACGCGGUGCCCACCAGCAUCAACUGGAAGCUGCUGAAGAAGAAUCUGCCCAAGCGUAUCCCCCUGAUCCAUUAGGCACGCGUUAGCCCACACAAUGCUGGUCUUCUUCAACAAAAUUUGCAGUCAAUAAAUUAAAUAAGCUACCAACUAUAAAA